AUGAGUUGUUCUGUUAAUGAAUGCAGUAAUCCGAUUUGGUUUAAGUUUCCGAAAGAUCAGUUGAUGAGAAACAAAUGGUUACAAGCAAUAAAAAGACCAGACUUCCUACCAAAAAGCUACAAUGGAUUAUGCAUAGAGCACUUUAGAAGAACUGAUCUAACUGAUGCAUCAUGUUUUGAUAAUUCAGCUCAAAGGAUUCGAUUACGCCAAGGAGUUGUUCCGUCAGUGUUUUCUUGGAGUAAAAAUUCAAAUUUUGUCAAUAAUGAAACUAAUUCAGAAUUCCAUUCCUUUGGUGAUCUGUUGGAAAAAGGUUCAUUACCAAGUGAUAGUGGAAAAGGAAAGGCAAAUAAACACGACCAUUCUGCAAAAGAGACAGUAGAAACAAAAUUUGAUAAAAAUAUCAAAAGAAAACCACGCUUUAAUAUAGAAGAGUUGAAAGAUGAACCAACAGUCAUUCUGGAAUUCACUGGGUUGGAAUGUUAUAGUAAAUUCAAACUUGUUUUUGAUAGUCUAGGUGAAGAAGUAAAUCACGUAAAUUAUGGGAGUAAUCGUUCAAAUGGAGGAUUAUCCAAGGAAAAUCAAUUAUUUUUGACUCUAUGGAAACUAAAGAAAAAUUGCACUAACAGGGAACUUGGUAUGUAUUUCAAUAUUUCUAAGGAAGCAGUUGGAAAUAUUUUCAAAUCGUGGAUAAAUUUCAUGGCAUGUCAGUGGUCGACAAUUAUUUUUUGGUUAAGUGAGCAGUUAGUUCAGUAUUACAUGCCUGAAAACUUUGAAAAAGAUUUUCCACUAACAAACGUAAUAAUUAACGGAACUGAAAUUGACGUAAAGAGGCAGUCUACUUUUAGUUAUUAUAACGACACAACUGUUAAAACAGUGUUGGGAAGCACACCUGGAGGACUGCUAUGCUACUGUAGUGACUUCUACGAAGGUUCUACUAGUGAUCGUCAAGUUGUUCAACAACAGUGUGAACCAGGAGAUGUUAUCACGGCAGACCGUGGAUUUUCCGUACAAGAUAUAUUUGCUCCUUACAAUAUUACUGUAGCCACAUCUCAUUUUACCAAAGGCAAAGGGUACUUGCCUCUUAAAGUUCUAUUAAGGAAUCGUAAACUGUCUCGUUACAGAGCUCACAUCGAGCGGAUAAUAGAUAUGCAAUCCAAACUUCUAAAGGUAUGA